UUUUCUCAUUCGCGUUUUUGGGUCUUUUUGGUUCGCACUCAGACCAAGUUGGAAGAAUUUUACACUAUUUAGUUACAAAUAUUUUUGUGAUAUUCCGUUUUUAGUGUUGUCUGAGACUUUUUAGUUUCAAAUGAUUUCAAAUUAUGGAGAAAAACGAAAAUGGCGCUUCAACAAGAUGGCGGCCGUCAUCAUCAUGGCGGCGGUCCUCCUGCCGUGCUCGGCACAGCUGCUAGACGAGCUGGAUGCUUUGGAGGCGGAGUGCAUCGGCGAGGAUAAGUUCCAAUGUCUGGAGGGCAGCUGCAUCCCCCAGGAUGCGUACUGUGACGGGAAGAUCGACUGUCCGGAGGGCAGCGAUGAGAAUUUUUGUCCGCACCACCUCCCAGACCCGGAAUUCUGCAACAAAACCCACCACUUCUUGUGCAACGACAAGCUGAAGUGCAUCCCGUUGUCGUGGAUUUGCAACAACGAUACUGAUUGCAACGAUGGCAGCGACGAGGUUAACUGCACCGAUGCUACGAAUCAUUCAACUAAUAAAACUUGCAAGGGAUUCUCAUGCGACGAAGGCAAGACCUGUAUAUCAACGCUAUGGAUGUGCGACGGGUUUUACGAUUGCCAAGACAAAACCGACGAGAUCAUAGAAGAAAACUGUCACCACAAAUACCGGAACCACAUCAUGCAGGACCCGCUGUAUUGCUUGAGCGAGUUGAGCACAGGCGAGCAGCACCACUACUGCUCAGAUUCGUCCUACUGCCUGCCGGGUGAUAUGAUGUGCGAUGGCAUCCCCGACUGCCGCGAUGGCAGCGACGAGGGACCCUUCUGUGCUAAUUGGACUACAAUGUGUACUGCAGAAAAUAAUCCAUGCGUAGAAAACAUAACAAGGUGCUUUCCAGACCGCAACGGUCCCACUUGCAUGUGCGAGAGUUUCGCCAACGAGAAGAAAUUUAACUACGAGAAGAAAAUUUGCGAAGACGUAGACGAGUGCGCCCAACUCAAGCCUCACUGCUCGCACUACUGCGAGAAUGCAGAAGGAAGGUACAUUUGCAGUUGCGACGAGGGGUACACCACAGACCCCUUCAGUUACCUCUGCUAUGCUACUGGACCUGAAGGCCUGAUAUUCUUCACCACGGCAGACAAGAUAGCUUUGGUGAAAAUAAAGAGCAAACAUAAACUCAUCAUAGCGCAAGAUAUAAAACAAGUAAGUCUUAUUUUAUUACUUAUUAACCCUUUUGUUAUUUGAAAAAAAAAAAAAAACCUUGAAAUAACAACAAAAAACUUCUAAACAUAAAAAAACUAGCUCUCGGGAAAAUAGAAAGCAAACAGAAAGUCAUCAUACCCCAAGAAUCCAAGAUAUAACUUAUUUAAAAUUAAUUCUUAUUUAAAAAAUAAACCAUUGAAACAAGAAAUAAAUCUAAACUGAGAAGUUUUAUUCGUAAGUAACCAUCAUGAGGUAAAAAGAAACUGCAUUUGAAACCACAAAAUCCCAAAAACAGUAGAUACUUAGAAAUACUAUUUCACAACCUGGCCUGGUGCUGCUACGCGCUACGAGGAUAAUAACCGUAGCAACUACAACAGAAACUGUAGCUCAAUAUCAAUAUUCGUAGCAUACUACGACAACAGACUAGCACUACGAUGUGUUGCUACGACGUAGCGACUUAUAGGUACUUCGAGAACGUUGCACUUAUUUUGUGCUUUUUAAAAUGAAAGAAAAAUAUCUUGCUGAUCACUAUGAGACUCAAUAAUGAAAAAUAGACAUAAAGAGGCCUAUACUAAAAUUAUAGUUAAACAUCUGAACUUUUAAGUAUCAUUUCAGUAUGAAGCCGUAACAGGUUCUAAAAUACAACUCAAAAACAUUGAACCCGAAAAACAAGCGGUCGAAAACAAAUACGCGCCAAAAGAUUUUGACCCGCAUUGGUUUUUGGCGGCUUCUUUUUUUUUUUUUUGUUGUUGACCCAGGGAAAAUCCUCAUGGAUACCACAGCGCACGGAGCACGGUGUGGUUAUGCCGGACUCUUACCGGCUAAAAACCCUGGGGUGUUCCGUAGGU